AUGUUCGCUCAGCCAUUCGAUCAUUCGUUCAAUGACAUCUUCGACCAAUUCGUCAAUGAGGAGUCUUCAGGUGAUGGCAACAAAGAUUCGUUCUCUGGUGACUUUGACCAGCUCUUCCCGCUAUACUCGCUGUCGAGUGACGGUGGCGAUCAUUCCCCCACUGGCUCCACUUCUAAACGCCAUCAAUCACCGCAACCCUGGAGCCAGGAAUGGUCCCUGCAGGACGACGGGGCUGAGUUCGCUUUUCAAGACACCAUCCACCCCUCUGCCAUCUCUGACCUUGAUUUCAAACACUUUGAAACUUCUUCCCUCCCGCCACGAACAAACGGCGUCUCUAACACUUCUCCAUCUACCCCACCGGCUACUCCGCACCGCAAAGCUACCAAGAGUGCUCUCAUUACCCCCAAGUCUAUCCGCCAUCGCGACCCGAAUGAGCGUCGGGCACUUUUGCGCAAGCAAAGUUUCUCACCCAGUUUGAUGCGUUCUUCCAACCUGAACAAAGGAAGAAUGGCAUACCCCGAGCAAUGGGCCCAACGGAUCCAGAAUUUCACUCUGGCCGGCUCUGAUGAUCGACUACCUUUGUCUCCCCCACCCUCGGAUGUUCAGAUUAAGCAUGAACACCUCUCUACCGACAUGCUCCACCACAGGGACUCGGUUGAUAUGCCCCCUUAUUUCUAUCAACGGUCCCCCGCAGUUUCAAUGCCCUCACCUUCCGUUGGUGCGCUUGCACGACACCAGCAACAAUAUAUGAGCCACCCAGGCUCUUCAGCUUUGACAAAUUCAAGCCCUCCUUCUGCAGAUGACAUCUUCUCUUCAUCCCACUCCUCAGAUCCUCAGUCUAUCUCCUCAUGGCAAUCUGACAGCCUUGCGACCUCCAUCUCUUUCACUCCCGACCUGCCAGCCCAUGAUCAAGCUUGGUGGUCUCCCAUGCCCCCCCAAGUCGCACAACAGCAGAACUCUUACCAAAAAAUGGUCUCCUCUCCUAUUCCCCAACGCACCAUGCAGAGCGUUGGAUCUCAAAAUGAUAUGAUGCAAGGCGGCCUGAUGAUCCAGAUGGACACAUUCAACAUGCCGACCGACUCUUCUUACUCCAACAACAUGAUCCCCGACUCUCAAAGAUUCAUGGCGCCUGCCACUGCCCAAGUCACCAACUCCCGCUCUCCUUCAUUAUCUCCCAAGGCUGGCACAUCUCCAAAGAGGGCCAACCACCGCCGCACACACAGCCGCAAGCUCUCAGGUCAGAGCAUGAACGGCCCCAAGUCGGCCAAAAGCACAAGUCCCCGCGGGGCCACCAAAACUGCAAGUGUAUCAUUUGUCAACUUUACCGCCCACGACAGUCAGCGCAUCCUUGGUGGCGUCGCGCCCUCUGGUAGCUCCAAGACAAAGGCCCGUCGGGAGCAAGAGGCCCGUGACAAGCGCCGCAAGCUGAGCGAGGCUGCUCUUAUGGCUGUCCGCAAUGCCGGUGGUGAUGUCGAAGCUCUUGAAGCAGCUUUCUGCUAA